AUGACUGAAUAUCUGCUGUACGUAAAUGACAUGUGCAAUAUAUUCAGAAACGGCUCUGUAUACCAAUUUGCUGACGAUACUUGUAUAUUAACAGCUCAUAAAGAUAUAGAGGUGGCGCAAAACAUGAUGCAAAUAGAAUUUGAUACAUUAUCCCGGAAUAUGCUAGAACGACUCUUCAUUUUGGCAAGAGGUUCAGUAGAAAAUACUAAAAAGAAGAUUGACAAAUUGUUGACUUCCCGAGGAAUUAUGCCAGAAUUGUCUCUUAACAGAAAUGUGGACGAGUUUUCAGAGUUUUGGGAUUGCAUAAACUACGUGCCUCUUCCUAAGCUCUGUCGUACAGACCAAUCCAGGGUAAUGAUAACUCAGUUCACGACUAGCAAACUUGAUGACUUUAGCCUUCUCACUUACUUCAGAUAUUGUUUUAUGGUCGGAGAGUACAGACUACACUUUGACUACAGCUUAUCAGAAAGAUACAUCAUUGACCUUACGAACGUACACCUUGGUCUAAUCAGCAAAGUUAAUCCCGUUGUGGUAAAGAAAGCCGAAGUUUUAUGCACGGAAGGUUUUGGUACAAAAAUAAAAGGCAUUCAUAUACUGAAUGCGCCUCCAUUCGUCGAUCGUAUAGUGUUUUUACUGAAGCAGGCUUUAAGAGAGAAGGUUGCUAGUAGAUUGCACGUCCACAGUUCUUAUGAGGAUCUACAUAAGCAUAUUCCUAAGGAAAUUUUACCAAAGGAGUAUGAUGGCGACGAGGAAUCUUGUUCUCAAUUAGCUGGUGAGUAA